AUGCCUCCACGUCGGACGAGAAAGACUACUCGCAGAGCUACUAAUAAGGCACCCAACCCGCAAAAUGACAGUACACCCCAACAAGCUGGUAACACCCCUCAGCAGGAGGAAGUCGUCAAUCUUGCUAGUGAUACUCAGACAGGACAACAAGAGCCAGGCCUAGGCCAAGUUAUGCAGACCAUAGUGGGCCUUAUGCAGAUGCAACAGCAAGUGCAACAGCAGUUGCUCCAACAACAAGCACAGUUGCCCCAGACACAGCCACAGCAAGGACGAGGGGAACAGUGUGAACAACGCAGCAGUAUAGCUGAAUUUAAGAAGCUGGCUCCUCCAGCUUUCAAGGGGACUACAGAACCGUUGGAAGCAGAUAAUUGGCUUAUAGAGAUGAAAAAAGCAUUUGCUGUCUUGAGAUGCCAGAAUGAUGAAAAGAUUUUGUUUGCAUCAUACAUGAUGCAAGGUGAGGCAUUCAACUGGUGGCGGAUGUUGGAACAUAAAUACGAGCAGGAUAGGGAGCCACUCACUUGGGAAAGAUUUCGAGGAGCAUUUUAUGAUAAGUAUUUUCCUCGGAGUGUAAGAACGCAGAAAGAGCAGGAGUUUAUUCACCUAAAGCAAAGAAAUAUGACUGUUGCAGAAUAUGAAGCUAAAUUUACCGAGCUAGCGAAAUUUGUUCCAAAGGAAGUUAUUGAUGAACGGUUGGAAAGGGAAAGAAACCAAAAGAAGAGAAACAGGUCAAAUGAAUUUCAGGGGCAGAGCAAUGAAAACGUCGAAAGUUCAAACAAGAAAUCCACGAGUGACAACCUUAAGCAGAUGAAUAUCAAUAAAUGUUCCAGAUGUGGUAAGGCUCAUGCUGACAAGGAUUGCCAUUAG